UUGGGUAAACUACGAGGAAUUACGGAAUAUUCAAGCGAUGGAAAUUCAAAGCAUAUUUUUAAGGUUGGUGAGACGUAUUUGAUCAAGUGGAUCUAAUGCGGUGUCCAAAGUAAAAAAAUAUAACAAAAAAUGCGAAAAUACAUCGUCCAAAGUCUAGCUGUCUGCGUCUCUCGAAUAUAUACACUCUUUCUCUGUUUCGUGUCUUGCGUCUCUCGAUUAUACACACUAUUUCUUUGCUCUGUAUUUUGAAUAUAAGACGAGCUUUGGACGAUAUAUUGCCGCAUUUUUUUGCUAUAUUUUUUACUUUGGACAUCGCAUUAUGGUUUUAGAAAAUACCAUUUGCAAAACCACCGAUUGGAAAACUACGUUUUGAGCUUCCACAAAAAACUGAACCUUGGAAAGGUAUAAAAGAUGCCUCGAAAUAUAGGUGAGUUAUAGAAAACUUCUAAAUUUUCGUGGCAUUUUCUUCGCGAAGUUUAAAAAUUAUUUGAAAAAACAAAAGGCCUAAACAAAAUUUCUAACCAACUUUUUUUAGCGCUGCUUGCAUAUCUGACCCAUCCGCCAGUUCUACAAUACAAAAGAAAAUGGAUGAAGAUUGCUUAUACCUAAAUAUUUUCACGAGUCAAAGAUGUUUGGUAAACUCAAUCUGUCUAUCUCAUUCAUCUCAAAAAUGUUUCUUCAGGAAUCUUCAAAUUGCUCAGUUAUUGUUUAUUAUCACGGCGGAGGUUUCAAUAUGGAUUCAGCUGUCAUGUUUCCUGAUAAAUUCAUAUUAGAAAGAUAUGUUUCAGAAGAUAUUGUUUUUGCGAUUCCCGCUUACCGUUUGGGAGUUUUUGGUCUUUUCAAUAUUGGCGAUGAGAAUUUGGUUGCUGAUAAUCUUGCACUGUUUGGCAAGUUUGCUCUUGAUUUUCUAAUAGUAUUGUGGCACAAUUUUCAGAUUCUCAGCUUGCUCUUCAUUUUAUUCAUGACAAUAUUAACAGUUUUGGUGGUGAUCCGAAUAAAGUUACUCUUAUGGGACAUUCUUCUGGAGCAACAUUAGUUGGAUUAUUUGCAUUCUCAAAGUAAUUAUUUUCAAAUAACUCUCAAAAUGAGUGUGUUUUUUUUCCAGAUUGAUAGAUCCGAACAAAGUUUUAUUCCAAAAAAUAUAUUUCAUUCAGUGGAUCUUUGAAUUUAUCAAGAAGAGAACUAUUGGAACAAACAUCAUUUGA